ACCGGCUUCUGCCGUUCGUGAGGCCUCUGAUUCGUGCUCCCACAUUCUCUUACAAACGAGAAACGACUCGAAAACAAAGAACGCUGAGGGAAUAGACUCCCAAUUGUUUUUGGAUAUUUGGAGCAGCAGUUCUCUUUCGUGUCUUGGUGCUGGUGACACAAGAUGGCUCAAUCUUAUGUCCAGCCAGUGACUGACUCGUCGGAACUUGCUUUCGCUGAGCCAGCCAAAGCUUUCAACACGAGAGCUAAUUCUGCCGAUGCAAAGGAGGCAUACUUAUCCCAAAAGAAUCGCCUUCUCGACGCUAUUGACGAGACCCGAUCGAUCCUGACAGCCCUCCGACAGUUCAGCAAAGACUCUUGGAUUGUACGCUACCCUCACGUCACUCCGAACGUGGCAGAUGCUUCGGCGGGGUCUGGAACAGUCAGCAUGCGUCGGUCGCUUUCAUUUGCAGACGAUCCGGCCACCAUCGCUGACGUUGUUGUCGCCCCCAAACGCGAGGGUUUACAACGCGCUGCUACGGUCUCUGACGUGUCAAAUAUUUCCUCAUCCCCAGGCUCACAUUCUAUGUCCGAGGCAGAGGCGCUCCUCGGAGACUCUGCUGCCGAGGACUUCCAUGUUCUCCGCUUGGAUCUCAAACUAGGCGGUCCCGGCUCCUCCACUUCCCCCGAUGCACUUGUCUCUCAACUCGAAAAGGCGUCCAUUGCCAAGUUACUGGACGAACGUAUUAUCGCGUCCCUCAAUCACAUCGACAAACUCCAAACACGCGUGUUGGACACUUCUAGCAAAGUCCUUGUCACUGGCGACCUCAACGCCGGAAAGUCUACCUUCGUCAAUGCACUGUUGCACCGUGAUAUCAUGCCGGUUGAUCAGCAGCCAUGCACCACCCUAUUCUGCGAGGUUCAUGACAAAUUGGAAAACGACGGAGUCGAAGAAGCUCAUAUCGUUAACGAAGGCAAAGUCUACGAUCGGUUGGACGGAUCUACUUUCACCCGCUUCCCACUCUCUAGCCUAGAAAGCGUCAUCACCGAAUCAGAUGCGCAGCAUGUUCUCAAACUCUAUGUUUCCGACCGCCGCGAGCCCCCUGAAUCUCUCCUUAACAACAGCGUUGUUGAUAUUUGCUUGAUUGAUGCUCCUGGUCUGAAUCGUGACAGCUUGAAGACCACCGCACUAUUUGCACGUCAGGAGGAGAUUGACGUCAUCGUGUUCGUUGUCAGCGCGGAAAAUCACUUCACCUUGUCGGCCAAGGAAUUCCUUUGGAACGCGAGUAACGAAAAGGCCUACCUCUUCAUUGUUGUCAACCGGUUCGACCAAAUCAAGGAUAAGUCUCGGUGCCGGCGCUUGGUGCUGGAACAAAUCAAGCAUCUUAGCCCCAGAACCUGGGACGACGCUGAGGACCUCGUGCAUUUCGUCGACUCAAACUCCGCGCUCUCUCAAGGCCUUCAAGCCGCCACCUCAAGCUUAAACACCACAGCUUCAUCGGAAGCGUUCACCAAGCUCGAAACUUCCUUACGCUCAUUCGUCCUCGUCAAGCGUGCCAAGUCCAAGCUUAUGCCUGCGUCCACAUACCUCACUCAUAUCCUCUCCGAUGUUGGUCUCCUUGCUUCGGCCAAUGCGAUUGUUGCGCAAAAUGAAGCAAGUCAGGCGAGAUCGGACCUCGAGCGUGUUCGUCCCAUUCUCCACAAGCUGCAGAAAGGCCGCGACAGUCUGGAAGAUAGCCUGGAGACGGAGGAAGAAGACACCACGCAGCAUGCUCAAACUGCAGCGACGGCACGUCUUGCGAACGCCCUUGAACGUGUGUCGCGAGGUGAAAUUGCUGUCGUGGAGUCCGAGCUUGCUAUCUCCAAGCAGCCGCGUUCAAUUCCUUCGAUACCUAAAUAUCCUGGUAUCCUUGGGAUCUGGGAUUAUGCGAGGAGCGUUCGUACUACUCUUCUCGCAUCAUUGGACCUCGCUGUUGCACUGGCCGAGGAUGAAGCGCGUCGUAUGACUUUGGAUGGCGUCCACCACGUAGCAGAUCUUGGCGAACAAUACCUACCAGCGCACGUCCCUCGUUCAAAGCGAGUUUUCAUUCCUGAGGCGAUGUUUGUUCCCCGUCUUGCCCGGGGUCGUCGUCCCAGCGCCAUCGUUGCUGGUGGGGUCAUGGGCCUUGGUUUGGGUCUCCUCGCUCAGCGUGAGGAUCUCACUCAGGUUACGUUCGUUGAUAUCAUCGAUAUCAAUCAUCACAUCAUGUCCCAUUUCAACGGGGGGAAGACUGAAGACGAAGACGACGAGGCUAGCGCUAGUGCCCUGGGCACUCUUGGACUUGGAAUUGGUGCCUUGACGAUGGUCGGUGGGAAAACCAUUGGCGCAAGAGGUCUCAUUGAGGGUAUCGUGAGAAUAAGUGAUCUUUUUGGCAACGAGUCCUCCAGGAAAUGGAUUGCUCCAGUGUUAGGAGCGGCAACGCUCGGGUUAACGAUUUAUUUCGUUCUUGAGCUCCCGAACACCAUCCCUAAAACCGUUGGCCGGCGAAUCAAGGCUUCACUUAAUAACCCUCCAUCAACAACCCCAUCGGGCGCCCCUGUGUCAACACUCACACGGGCUGAAUCAAUCGCUCAACUUCCCUUCGCUGAGGCUCAUGCGCAUCGCAUCUCACGCGAGACCAGAAAAGUCCUCCGCCUCGCCUCGUGGGACCUUCGUGAGCGCUUCCGUGGUGCAAUGGAGGAAAGCGGAAGGGAGGUGAAGAAUGCAGAGGAAAGCGAACGACGAGCCUUGACGGCACUCGAGUGGUUCAUCGGUGUUGGAAAAAGGACAGAAGCAGUGCGCGUCAAUGCUCAACUUGUUUCUUAGACGACUGUUAUUAUAUGAUGGAUAUCAGCUAACGCUACUUUAUUAUUUCUUUGAUCUCCCCUCUUCACAUGCACGUAUGUUCCUUGCUUUCUAUGUUUACUUCUCUCCCCUUUAUUCUCUCGACCUCUCUUCCGUACCUCUCUUCCUUUGCAUAAUGAAACCGUCCCCGAUGUCUGUAGCCUGAGAUGAAUCGACUGGUUCAUUGGAUGUUGAUGACUGACUGAGGUACAUCGUUCUUCUAGCCGAUGGAAGGCGGUUC